CUCGUAGGGCCGCUCGCCCGCCCCAUCGCCGCCGGCCGCCAUGGCGAGAGGAGCCGCCGCACCCGCGCAGCGCCAGGCAGCGGCGCAACCGCGCGGACACGCCCAGGACACGCCCCUCGCCCCCCACAGGGGCGGAGCGCGAGGGCCGAUCGCGGGGCGGCCGCUACGGUCGUUACGGGCUCGGGGUCCUGGCGGUGUCAGGGGCGUGAGCCGCUCCCCGCGCCAACCGGCAGCGGCACCGCCGGGAGAAGUGACCUUGCUCUCGGUCCUGCAGCGAGGAGAGAGCGGGAGGAGCUCUCUGAGGGGAGUUUUAACUUACUGUCAACACAUGAAAGUGUACCAGGGUUUGGCCAAGUGGUUUCAGACCCCAGCAGUUGUUGAAGCAACGACGUGUGUAGGGAGAGGCCAGCAUCACUGACCCACAGCAGACAUUGUCUCCUGCUGAGCACGGGUCAUUACAGCGAGUUAUUGACAUAAGCGUUUCAGCACAGGUAAUGUAGGUGAACUGAGGACUCUUAGUAAUCAAAAAGAAAACCUUAAUGGCCUAGAAAUAAAAUGAAACACUCUGUUUCCCCUACAAUCACAGCAAAUAUUUAUGUUUUGCUCAACAACAAAAGCAGAACAAGGGAAAAUCUGAAGUUCUUGUUGCAGUGGGGAGAAGCACUGACCCUGCAGAGCCCAAAUGGAGGAGCAGUUAGAAGCGAUAUUGUCAGCUGCUUUCCAGACAGGUUCUUUAGAAAUUCUGACUGGAUGCAUUAAACAUUGGACAUCAGAAGAGCAGCCAAGUUCUGCUGCUAACUUACGGUUUGUUCUGCAGUGGACAUGGAACAAAGUGAUCUAUACAAAAGCUGAAUUUGACCAAAUAUGUGUUCCACUGUUUGAUGGCUCUUGCAACUUUACUGACCCACAGGCAUUACAGGCUCUUCAGCGCUGCCAGUUGCAUUUGCGCAGCCUUAGGACAGUCUUAAACUGUUUUCUAACAGAAGCACAAGAGCUUACUGAAAAAGGUUUUGCAGACUUGACAAACAAGCACAUGGUCAUCAGCCUCAUUUCCUUGUACGCACAAGUGGUCGCCUGGUUUUGUCGAUCCAGUCUCCUUCCAGAGGGUUUAGAUGAUGAUAUGCGUUUGUCUAGACCUUUCUACAAUUAUCUUCUGAUUCAGAGCUACUAUACUGGUCACCGACAGAAACUUGAGCGUUUAUCAAGAGGAAAAUGGGAUUCUGACUGCUUGAUGAUCGAUGGACUGGUUUCCCAGUUAGGAGACCAAAUUGAGAAGUUGUGGCAGAGAGAUGAAGGAGGAACUGGGAAAUAUCCACCUGCUAGUUUACAUGCACUGCUAGAUGUCUACUUGCUAGAAGGCAUUGAAGAAAGCUACAAACAUGCAAUUACAAUUUACUUGCUGCUGGAUAUCAAGCAUUCCUUUCCAACUAAAACAGAAACUUCAACUGACUCAUUUCCAAAAGCCUUCGCUAUCCCUUGGGGUCUUGUUAAGCUUAUUCAAGGUUUUUGGCUUCUAGAUCACAAUGAUUAUGAAAGUGCACUGGCCCUGCUCUUUCAUCCAGCUACAAUCAAAAGUGUGUCAUGGCAACAUAUGAGAGUUCUUCAGUCCCUCAUGUGCCAGGGAGAGCACAGGCGAGCGCUCAGAUACAUCCAGAUGAUGAAGCCACCAGUGUCAAGCAGCAGUGAAGUGCGGCUUUUCCUCACCGUGCUGUUGUCCAAUAGGUGCCUGGUGGAGGCUUGGGGUCUGUUGCAGCAACAUACCACCAAGUUAAACAUGGAAGAGCUGUUAAAACACAUGUAUGAAAUCUGUCAGGAGAUGGGCCUAAUGGAAGACUUGCUGAAGCUGCCUUUCACAGAGACUGAACAAGAGUGUUUGGAGAAGUUUCUACAGACCAAUGCUGGUGUCCAGAGUCGUGAAUUUCUUUUAGUCCACCAUCUGCAGCGUGCCAACUAUAUCCCAGCACUACAGUUGCAUCAGUCAAUGAAGGUUAAUCCUACGAAUGACUGUGAUCUUCAGUUGAGAGACAAAGCAGUUGUCAGAAAUGCUGUAUUAGACCAAUAUGGCAAGAUCCUUCCUAGAGUUCAAAGGAAGCUGGCGGCAGAAAGAGCUGAGCUUUACCAUUUGCCUUCAUCAGUCCUGAGAGAAGUCUCCAGACCAAAGCCAUUAUCAACAGUAACAAAAGCCAAUGCAGGAAAUGUGUGUAUUUUCAUCGGUUAUGUGUUAUCCAAAAUUAGAGAAGUGUGGGUAGGAAAUGAGCAGAAACCCAGUUUCUCACGAUAUGAUAGUCCUAGAGUUACAGAACCACCAGUCCUGACACAACCUUUCCCUGAUGCAGAGUUGCCCGGUGCGUUUAUUGGGACACCAGCUACAAAAUUUUCACAAAAAUGUUCCAGAUUGUUGCAUUCGGUGGUUCAUCCUGUUCCUUCAUGUUCUGCAGCACAGGGUGGUUGCUGGCAGUCGCCAUGUGGAGCUUCUGCUUCAUUCAUGGCAUCCAGCCCCUUGAAAUCAAAUCUGCACAGUUCCAUCUCACAAAGGAACUUUUCAGGAUCAACACAACUGAAUCUACUAGAGACUCCCCCUGUGGUUAAGGUUUGUAAUUUAAGAAAACUGGAAGAACAAAGCAAACCAAAAGCCUGCCAACUACAUUUAAAAUGAAAACACCAAAGUAUUUUAUCACAAACACUGUGGGAUUGAAACUGUGAAAUAUUUUCAGUAUCAUGUGGUUGUUGUAUCUACAGACCUUUCAGAAGCAGCAUGUUGAGAACAGUCUUGAAGAGCUUAGUUCUAAGCUAGUUGUAGUAUGCAAGUUGUCUGGGUUCAUGAAACACACUUGAUUUUUAUUGCAUGGAACAAAGGAAGUUAAAAUUGGACUUUUCAAUACACUUAGGUGCAAUUUGUAGAUUAACCACAUCAUUAUUUAAGUGCUCAAUAGCUCUGUAUAGUUUGUCUUGCUUACCUAGAAGCAAGAAUGUUAUUGCUUCAGUUUCUUAAUCUGGUCAAGUGAAUGACAACUGAGUGAUGUCAAUUAAGUGAUGCCAGUCUCUAUCAAAUCCAGUGAUGGCUUUAUGCAGGAAUUUUAGUUAUUGUGUUCAACUGCACUUAUAUUCACUGUCAUCAAACUCUUAUCAUGCAAGGAAAUAAAACUUGACCUAUCUUGUUGGUGCUGUUCUUUUUGCCUUUGCCUACCUGAACAAAAUAGUUGUGAUUUCUCCAAAUUAUAACUGUUUUUUUUUUUCUUAUUAAAUAUGGUCCACAUCAUUAAGCUUGUUUCAUUGUCCUCUUUUAAAACUGUUUCAAAUACUGUCAAAUCUUUUUUGAGUGAAGGUGAUGUUUUAGUUUAACCCCAGCUAGCAAUCAAAACCUUGUAGGGGAGAGAACUGAAAGAGAAGACAAAAAUGCAUAGAUUGAGAUUAAAACAGUUCAAUACAAUAACAUAAUACUAAUAUACUACUAGUAAUAAAAAUACAUAGAAAAUGAAAAUAAAACAUAAAAAUAAGUGAUUCUUAAAGCAAUUCCUCAGUAACUCUGUCCAUGUCAAGUAGCCAGUCCAGAAAAGAGAGCAGCCUGGUCCCAAACUGCUGAUCCUGAGGAAAGAGAGAAAAAAGGCCAAAUAGGCAGAAAGGCCCAGAAGCCAACUGCAAGAUGACAGAAUUUCAAAAGAGCAAACUAAAGGAACUCCUGAAUGGAACUCAACCAAAACAGACCUGAGCUGGAACAGGUCUUCCUAGCCAGAAAUCCACACUGUCAUUAAAUACACAGCAUUAUGCUAAUGGCAUGGAAUAUUCUCAUUGAUCAGCCUGGAUGUCAGUCAAGGUCUGUUCCAUCCAUGCCCCCCUUUCCAGCUGCUUCACAUCUGCAGAUAGAAAGCCCAAAAAGGCCUUGGUCUCGCAGACAACAGCUAAGGUAACAGUUCUUACAUUCUCUUCUUAUCAACACAAAAACACUGGAAAGCCACAUGACAAAGGAUAUUAAUUCUGGCCCAAAGUGCCAUCUUGUCCUCAAAUGAAAUCCAAACGAUGACCAUGUUAGCUACAAAAAAUAAGAGUUUCCAACUGCAUGAAGAAAAUUAACUCAUUUUAAGUCAACCAGCACAUUCCACCCCUUAUUGCCUAUCAUUUAUGUCAUGCUUAGGUAUUACUAAUACACUCUAAUUAAUUACUACUACUAUAUAUAUACACACACACACAUAUACAUAUAUACAAACAGAUAUGAUUCCCUUAGUCCAUGGGCCUUCCUUCUGAAAUAUUCAUUGAAUUCAUUUAGUUCAUGAGUUUGAGCUUCAUUUUAUCACAACAGUCUUCCAGCGUGGGAAAGAUGGUGUAUCUAGUGCAGCUCAUACCCACAGUUCACGGGUUAAAGAUGUCAACUUUGAGGAAAUUGCCAGGUGCCACUUGUUGAAGCCAGCUCUGGUUUCAUCAUCACUACGUUAAUCCGAAAGACGCUUACUGAACACAGUUAGUAUGGCCUACAGUAUUAUGUAGCAAUUAACAUUAUGCAGUUCAAUAUUGAGCAUUCCUACCCAGAAUCAAAUCUCUCCAAGAUACACAUCAGACUUCUCCAUCCUUCAUCAUCACCCACCAGGGGCUCCCAGGUCCUUGAGCAAAAGCAAUCCCAGGAAUGGGUUUGCCUUUGCCUGAGGCAAGAGUAACCCAGACUGCCUUCCCUAACAUAGUUUUCACAUGCACUGCAGGGACUUUAUCUCCUUUUACAGUACACAGAAGUCACUUGAUAGAGAGGGCUCACAAUCUGACCAGUCUGGAAUGUACAUUCUCCAGAAACGUAAAACACCCAAGAAAGCUUGUGUCUCCUUUUUAUUAGUUGGUGGAGACAUAGCUGCUGUUUGGUUGAUCUGACAUUGGGAUCUGACAACAUUCAUCUUGCCAUUUUAUUCCUAAGAAAGCAGAUCUGAUUUCCUUGAUUUCCUAUAACAGCUUUUCAAACCACUCUUCACAUUUUUCAGACAGUCUCUCCACAGCUGAAACACAGGCCUGUAAAGAGGUAGCAAGCUUGUUCUCUAAAUCCCAAAGUUGGUCAGCUACUUCAUUCACCUUCUGUGUACCUGUGCUUGUCCACCUCAUUCCUGCCAAGGACAUAGCACAUGACAGUGGUGCACUCUAAAUGAACUUCUGCCACAUGGGUCAUCUACAAUUGAUUUCACCUGGAUCUGUUUAGUCCUGACUGCCUGGGCCAAAAUAAACUAUCUCUCACAGAGCUAAUUCUCUCAGGCAGAGGGUACCUCUCUCCGUAGUGUUCCACCUCCCUGGAUGACAUACAACAUCAUCCUUGAAGGGAUACCUUGCCUUUGUGGCUGUCAGGAGUUGCCUCCAGAGGCUGCAGGAUUCUUUCUCUUUUCAAUCACCCUGCCAAGGGCUGCUUCCCUCGACAGAGAUCCCAGCUGCUUAGCUUCCUUACCCUCUAGUUCCAGACCACUGGCUCCAUUAUCUGAUAUAUAGCAUCGGAGCAGCCAUGUUACAGUAUUUUUGUCUUCAUGAUGACUGAAAUCUCUUGGCAUAUCUCACAGCUCAUUUUGAGAUAACCACUCAAUCCUUAUCUCUUGCUCUGCCCCCUGCCAUGAUGAUAACACUCCCUCAUCCUCAUUUGCUAUGUUAGUCUUUCUUGUGACUCUUUACAAGGGUGACUGGUGCUGACACAGGCUGUUCACCUGCUUGACUUAUUGCCGGUCUGGAUAGUCACAGUGUGCACUGCAGGGGACUGAGUGGCUGAAGUGGCUGUCACCAAAACUGGAGUAGCUGCAGUACCUGCUGUCAGGGUUGGAGUAGCAGCAGUGCCAGACAUGGCAGGGCGGAGUAAAUGCAGUGGCUGUGUGGGAGCUGCAGUAGCUGCGUUGUGUGUCACUGAGGCUCAGGCAGAUGCAACAUCUGUCACAGGAGCUGGAGUAGCUGCAGUCCUAAUUAGCCUUAUUUCCUUAAAUAAUGUUAUCGCCAGCAAGAACUGACACACAUUCAGCAAACCCGGCAAUACCAACAGGGUACGAUCAAAUCCCCAAGGAUAUUCUAAGUUCUCAAAAACUUCCGUACUCCGUCCUAAUGAAAAAGGAAAGGUGUGGUUAGAUAGCUCUUCUAUAGCCUGGCUCAUCCAAUGGAAAAAAAACAGAGGUACAAUUAUCUUUAAUUUCCACUGGAGGGCUCUCAAGGUACAACAAUAAUGAAUAUAAGUUCACUAUUGGCUUAAGUUCAAUUAGUGCUGAGCCACACAGCGAAACCAUUACUGUAGACCAAAUUCCAGCAGUGACAGACUGCACAAAAGUACCGGUAAAAUAUGCUUGGAACAAAUAAGGUACUGCAGAACAGUUCAGAGAGCAUGACGACACAAGGCUUGACACAGAAUUUUUAAACCAAUAUGAUAAAUGCAUUCUGCUUUACCACUGCUAGAUGAUGCCCAAAGAACACAGACCUGUGAUUCUCUCAACCCUUCAAGGUGGUACCUUGCCAAGAAAAUCGAACUUGAGUCAUAACAAUAAAAACACCAAACCUCAAAACUUUAGCCCCUCUCUCAUGCCAGAUUUUAGCCAAAAGAGACUGUCAUGGUUUAACUCCAGUUAACAAUCAAACCCAUGAUAGCUGCUCACUCACUCCCCACCCUCCAAGUGGGUGAAAGAAUUGAAAGGGAAGUGAGAAAACUCAGGGAUUGAGGUUAAACAGUUUAAUACAAUACCGAAAUAAUACUAAUACACUACUAGUCAUAUACAUAAAAUGGAAAAAAAAAAGUGAUACUCAAUGCCUCAUGAAUUGCAUCCACAUUGAGCAGCCAGUCCAGGAAACAGAGUUCCCUGGUCCCAAACAGCUUAUCCAGGGUAGAAAAAAAAGGGAAAAAGGAGAAGAAAGGAGAGAAUAUUGCAGACAACAAGCUGCCUUAUCCUUCUUUCUUCAGGAAGUUAAUUUGAAAAAUAACAUUUUAUGUUGGCAUAAAAACCACAACACCAAAACAAAAAAGCACAGGUUAUUAUCAUCAAGAUUUUUGUACCUUUGGAAAAAGAGCAGUACAGAGACUAAACUUUGUCCUCCCUGCUGGUACAAACUCAGCGUGUAAUUGAAAUUAAUACUUUUGACAAGUGAAGCUGUUUAGAAGAUUUAAGUGGUUUUAAAUUAAAAGCACUUCAAAAAAUAACCACUAAUUUAUUUUUUUUUUUAAAAGCUUUUAUUUUCAUAGAAAACUAAAGUUUUGGCCACAUCUGCUUCUGCUUUUCCGGGGUUUACUCCUCAGUCUAUUCUCAGAUCCAGCCUUUGCACCACACCCCUGGCAACUCCCUCUGCAUCUCCAGGACGAUCAGUCACUCCUCCUCUACGAGCAAAGGAACCCAGAAUAUAUUUCAGGGAAGAGAACUCGGAAGCAAAAGGGACUGCUGGGGUAAGCUGGGCUGUUGUUGUUGGUUUUUACAGUUAAAGGCUUUAUGGACUGUGAUUUCAUUUAUUUUUUUUUU